AUGACGUAUGCUGACGGAACGAUUGGUCACCCCCCACUUUUGCCAGACGAUGGUACUUACGUACAAUGGACGUUUCUCCAUAUGAAUGACGUCUACGAACUGCUUCCCUUGAGUAGUGGGACUAAGGGCGGUCUAGCACGAGUGGCUACUGUACGAAAAAAGUUACUCGAUGAGAAUCCUUUUACAUACACAUUUCUCGCGGGUGAUCUUGUGUCACCAUCGGCUUUAAGUCAGGCAAAAGUGAACGGAUCAGCGUUAAAUGGCAAACAAAUGAUUUUUGGAAUGAACGCACUAGGUCUGGACUACAUGACAUUUGGUAACCAUGAGUUUGAUCUUAAACGCGAUGAUCUUCUUCAACGGAUGGCAGAAUCAAAGUUUACAUGGAUUGGCACUAAUGUGUUUAAUCACUCAGGUACAUCAAUGUUUGAUAAAACUGUACCGUAUCAAUUGAUCAUCGUCAAGAACGUACGUAUCUUACUAUUCUCCAUUACAAUCGACUCUAACUUGGGCGAUUCAACACCUUAUGUAACUAUUGUGAAUUCAUCAUCGUUAAAACCGUUUGUUCAACAAUUUUUAAAGUCUUUGACAAUUGAAUAUGACGUAUUGGUAGCAUUGACACAUCUCGAGAUCACCACCGAUAUCAUGUUAGCGGAAAGUGUGCCUGACAUUGACGUUAUAAUGGGUGGUCAUGAACAUGAAAAUAUUUAUUUAAUACGUGGUCGACGUAACACGGCCAUUUACAAAACGGAUGGAAAUACAUUUUCUGUUUUCAUUCAUCGUUUCGCCUACAAUCUGGAUAGUAAAAUACUUCGUCUCUUCAGUACUCUAGUUCGCAUAACACCCGACAUCGUGGCGGAUAAUGAAACAGCAUCUGUGGCUAAUUAUUGGUUCAAUGCGGGUAUAAAUGGAUUUACUGAAAGUGGUUAUCAACCAUACGACGUUGUGGCUCAUCUCCCCGAAGGUAUUGAAUUAGAUGGUCGAUCGUCAUCGAUAAGAUAUUUUUCAACAUUGCUAAGUGAUUACAUUUGCCAGAGUUUGAAGCACGAAACGAACGCGGACAUAGGACUUUAUCACACUGGUACAAUUCGGCUGGACGAUAUUCUGUCCGGAACGAUUAGUCAAUAUGACAUUCUGCGAACGGUUCCCUUUCCCGAUAUUAUCGUAAAACUGACGGUGCCCGAUACGAUACUAAAUCAAGUGCUGACAUAUGGUGCAACGCAGCAAGGAUCAGGAAGGUUUCUAUCGUAUUGUGGGUUCAAUGUGACGAAUAAAGUGGAAGGUAAUUUGACUUACAGCGUAGCUACAUUGGAGUACACAAAAAGUGCAACGGGUCUCAGCGAUCCGAGUGUGACAGUAACAGACACGUAUGGAGCAUUACCUUCAACAGUAAUUCGAUAUCUAAAACUAUUAUACCCAAACAAUAAGGUGUGA